AUGCCUGUAAUGAAAGAAUUACACACAUUGUGGCUAAAUCACAAUGAAAUCACAAAUUUAGGUGUAUUUAUUAAUUCUAUAGCAAAGAGUUGUCCCAAAUUGAAAUAUCUCAGUAUGAUGAACAAUGAUGCUGCUCCCAGUUACUUCAAUGGUGGAACCUACCAGCAAUACAUUGACUACAGGCAAUAUGUCAUUAGCCAAAUUCCAUCACUUGAAAUUCUUGAUGACAAAUGCAUCAACAAUGAAGAACGCAAAGAAGCAGAAAAGAUCUACCAGCGAGCAAUUUUGCAGAGUACACGUCGUGCCAAAAGGCUUCUUCUCUUGGCUCCCACCUUUGAUUGUUUGACCACUGUCCACUGGAUUCCCUCACUCACGCAUUCACACACAGAUCAGGAACUUUCAGCUCACUCUUGGCUACUCCUUAUCUUUUUACUUACGCUUUCCUGUUUCUUGGCCCCACCUUUAAAUACAGUUAUGAAUUCACCUCUUCUCUCUUAUCUCACUCUGUUUCUAUCUAUCUAUCUAUCUAUCUAUCUAUCUAUCUAUCUAUCUAUCUAUCUAUCUCAGUCUGUUAAUUAUCUAUCUAUCUCAGUCUGUUUAAUUAUCUAUCUAUCUAUUUGCAUUUUAUGA